AUGGCACAUAUUGAUGAUCGUUUCUCUAACAGCCAACUGAUACCAUCUGGUAGUGGUUUUGAAGGUCUUAAGGUGCAAAAACCGGAUGAAUUUGAUUUUUUAUAUGAAUUUGGUAAAAAUGAUUUUAUUACUGAAGAAACUAUUCAUUUUGUACAAACCAAUGAUCCAUGUUAUAUUAAAAUAAUUGUUGAUGAUAUUAGGAUCCAAUCAAAAUGGAAAGAUUUUAUAAAUGACAACGAAAACUUCUUAAAUGCAUCAAAACUUCGUCUAUACAUUAUUUUAUUAAUGCAACAGGCAUCAUUUACCAAUAUGUUCCGAUGCAAAUGGUGGCAACAUCAGUAUCUACGAUUUAAUCUUGUUCCGUAUCAUGAAAAUUGUCCAAAUUGUGUCACUUUGAUCAAUCAAAGUAAAGUAGGUGCCAUAUUGCAUAUGGAAUGGAAUGGAAAAAAAUACGAAAAACUUCAUAUUUCAAUCGAUAUUGCUCCAGCUAUAUCAAUAUUCAAUCAGUGGCCAUCUAAUGCUUAUAAACAUUCAUUACCUGUGAUUGAAAUAGACGAUCUUACACAAUAG